GUUGGAGGGGAAUGAAAGAGAAGAGGAAGGAGAAAAGGAAUGAGAAAGGAAUGAGGUGAUUCCACUCUUCAUUCCGCGUAACAAACACGCCCACAGAGUUCUUCUUGGUAUCUUGUUGCUCCCAGUCUUCUCUUCGGUCUCUUAUAAACACUAAAAAGUACUCCAAAAGAGCACACUUCAAGAAUCUUCUUCGUUUUUCUCCUUCCCUUUCUCUUCACGGAUAAGCUGAGAAAGCCCAGCUCAUUCCUCAAUUCCAAGAUGGGUGUUAUGAAUGUUCUCAAAUUCUCAGCUGCAUGCUUUGAUCUUCUUGGCUGGUAUGGUGUCCACGCAUUUUCUCGCCAUGGAAAAUUUUGGAAAUGAAGUGGAAUUCUGUGUUUGAGUACAAAACUGGGAUUUGCUUUGAUUUCUCCAUGCCUCUCUUUGCACUGGGUUAUCCUCUAUGUUCUUCAAUUUGGGUAAUUGAGACUAACUCAAUCUCAGACUUUCGGAAGUUGGUGACGUAUUGGGUUCUAUUUUCCUUGAUUUCACUCUUUGAUCAUGCUUUUGCCAAGCUCCUUGAAUGGAUACCAUUCUGGCCUUACAUAAAGCUGAUGAUCAUCUGCUGCCUGGUGAUGCCUCAUUUUGAUGGUUCAUAUUAUGUCUAUCAACACCUUGUUCAUCCAUGCUUGUCCAUGGUCACACAAGUUGUCAUGAAUUGGCUCUUCAAUGAAUCAAAAAAGUUGUCUCCUAGCAGAGAAAACUUUCUUGUUGCAGCAGAUCAAUAUAUUAAAGAGAAUGGAGCUGAAGCUUUGGAGAAACUCCUUGCUAGUAAGUUGAAGAGCACAAAGUCUAAUGUUGAAGUGACAGAGAUUAAAGAACCUGUAGCACCGGAGAAAAAAGUGGAACAGUGGCAGUGUGAAGAGCUCAAUGUUGCUCAAAAGGAGAUCCGAGUAGUUGAAGUAACAGAGAUAAAAAAUAGGGAUGGAGCAAAGCAGUGUGAAGGUCCUAAUGUUGCUAAGGAGGAGAUCAAAGUGACAAAAGUAGCACAGAGAACAUUUGGUGGUACGGCAAAGUGGGUUAAACGAACAGAGUUAAAUCUUGGUGAAACUAAAAGUACUACAACCUGUGCUGAGGAGAUAGCAGAAAGGCCAGCUGGACUGUUGAAUUCCCAUCUUCAAGGGGAGAGACAUAAGGCCACUUCUGAGCAGCUGAAUGCCAAAAACCAGGCAACCAAAACCAAUGGUUCCCCAUCUGCUUCAGUGGAAAACAAAUCUGAUCAGACCAAAAACAAUGGAAUCUCAGCUUCUUCGACAGUGAAGAGACCCGGUGAACAACACAAGUGUGCAUCUAGCAAUGGACUGGAGCAGAAGAAUAACAAAAUCAGGAGGAGAAGGCGCUAGUCCCUGAGACUUGCAAGGCCAUCAGAAGAACUUAAAGCAAAGUGGUGGUAGAAUGAAAGACUGGGGAUCAUGGUACAAUAUCUGUAAUGUGAGCUGCACUAGUGAGCUUGACAUGGACUCUCAUCUUAAUGGAAGGAGGCACUUUAAUAGGAUAAACUAUAACGCAGCUGUCUGACUUGGAUGUUUCUUCAGACUAUUGAUACGUACAAAUGGUUUUAGAUAGAAAUAUACAGGCCAUUGGAGGGUGUUCACUGAUGCCUCUAUUUUUGUUUUAUGAAUUAAAAACAGUAUUUCCAUGUUCAGUAUAGGAUUCUUGGUAAGAGGGAUGUCUAAUCCAGCUAUGGAGGAUCAGUUCAAAAUUCUACCCCUUGAACAUUAGUCUA